AGCUUAUUGGCCAGCGCUGUCAAGCAGCAAUCUAGGGUCGGAGGGCUGUCUGACAGACAGCCGGGUAGCCAUGGCGUCUUAUUUCGAUGAACACGACUGUGAGCUGUCAGACCAUGAACACGAGACCGGAUUCAAUAUGCUGCUGCAGCUCGCGAGAUCCCUUUCCAAUAUGAUGGAUCUUGAAGACCUGGGCUUGGUAGUAGACUGGGAGCACCAACUGCCUCCACCUGCUGCCAAGGCUGUGGUUGAAAACCUCCCCAGGACAAUCAUCAGCACCUCUCAGGCUGAUCUCAAGUGCCCCGUGUGUCUUUUGGAAUUUGAGGAGGAGGAGACUGUCAUUGAGAUGCCUUGCCAUCACCUCUUCCAUUCCAGCUGCAUUCUGCCCUGGCUAAGCAAGACCAACUCCUGCCCCCUGUGCCGCCAUGAGCUGCCUACUGAUGAUGACGCUUACGAGGAGCACAGACGAGAUCAGGCUCGAAAGGAGCAGCAGCAGCAUCGACUGGAGAACCUCCACGGGGCUAUGUACAUGUGAGGAGGCAAAAGCUGAGUGUUCCUCCCCUCACAUCUCUCUUGUACCCUGAGUCCUUAUUAAAGGUUUCUUAACCCACCCUGCCACUGCAUUGCUCAUGGGCUGAAGUAGGGGCCCUGUAUCCUCCAUUAGGUCCCUACUGCUAUUGGGGAAGGUAAACUGCAGAAGGCACCAGACUGUAUUUCCCCACUGCUGGCCUAUUGGACUAGGGGCAAUGGGACCCAGGCAAACAAACUGGCCACUGGACCAGCUAGGGCUUGUUUGUAGUUGGAAGGCAAACUAUGUCAGGGCCUACUACCCUGUAGCUAUUUUUUUUUUUCUUCCCGUCUUUGAGAUGAGGUCUUGCUAUGUAGUUCAGACUGGCCUCAAACUCACAGCAAUCCUCCUGCCUCAGCCUCCUGAGUGCUGAGAUCACACGCAUGUGCCAUCAAGCCCUGCUUACUCUGUGGCUAUUUAAAGCUGAUAAACUAACUCCCACUACCACCCCCACCUCUCCAAGUUCUAGUUAAUCUUAGAACCAUUAGUUAAACUUGAACUCCUGGGGGUUUUCUUUAGCUUGACAGAGAAAACUACUUUUAACAUUUUAGAGUUGUCCUGUGUCACCUCCCCCAUUCUCUGUCCGACUAAGGAAUCAAAGUUCAACCCAGAUUCUGAGGUGGGGGAAAGAAGCAAAACUGUCAGGCCAGGUCAGCUCUUUAGACUGUUUAAAGACCCAGAAAGGGCUUCAAGACCUUGUGGGCAUUUGGACAGCACCUGGAAAACCUGUUUUUGUUUUUUUUUUUCCCCCUUGAGACA